AUUAUGUGUCUCUUGAGACUUGCUUAUACUGAGGUACUCAGUUCACUUCAGGCACGAGAGACUUCCCAAAGAGAAAGUGAAUAGACUAACUCUAACUUAACGACUUUUGCAAUAACAUGACUGUUAAAACCAAAACCAAAUCAAGUAUUCUAGCCAAAAACAAAGGACUCAGACAAUACGGUGAGCCAAUCAAAACUCGAAGUGGUCUUACCUCUGAUUGGAUGGAAAGUUGGCGCGAGUUUUUUAAGCAAAUCGUGUAGCGUAGUAAAUGCAAAUAAAACCAAUUACUUUUCGACAAUCUAAUGAAAACCACUGUAAAUUAAAAGGGCAAAUACGAAAAAGCGCUGAUCCAGUCUUUGGAUUGGCAUCCUCAUACCAAAACCUACCCGUCCCUCUUAGCCCGCGGGGACUAGGCAAGAGCAAAAUUUGGCUCUUGAGACACUUGGUUCUAUUGGCUAGAUUCUAGGAUUAAGAUUACGGACAACGGAAGCUCAGUAAAUCUCGAGGCCCCAGAGAAAAAAAUUUGUGUCGUUUGUCGUGGACGACAUGCAAUGGAAAUGCAAAUAUCUGUGAAUUAAUCAGUUUUGAUGCACCUCAAAAACACGAGCUUGGGUCAGUUAUGAUUUGAAGAACACUUGACAUCAUUAGUGGAGCGAUUACCGGUAUGAUUUUAGCUUCCUAUCUGUUACCAGGAGCUCCUGCUGUUACCUAUAUAACACAUACAACUUCCUCUCUGGUACGACACUUUGUUGCCCGGGGGAACUCCCAUAUAAAAACGACCGGGAUGCUCCUCGUAACUUUAGGCCGGGCUGACUGAAAGCGGUUUUGGUACCUCUCAGGGUGUUCAGCCUCAAAAAGCCCACAGCGGGUGCUUUAAUUUCGCGGUACCUUUUAGGGUGAUGAGCCGAAAAAAAAUAUGACAGGACAUAUUUGACAAUCAACUAUACGAGACGAAGGUAUUCGAAGGAAUCGCCUUUGUCAUUUAAUGUAUUGUUUUAGAAUUGGUACCUCUUAGGGGUGAAAAAAAACUCAAGCCACGCCCACAAAACAGGAUCUCGGUACUUCUUUAAUAAGGGCUCUUUUCAAAAUUCCCGACGAGCACCCCCGUGGCGCGUCCGUUUUAUUCGGGAGUCACCCCAUGGGGGAUUUCGUUCUGACCUUCAAUUCGGUGUCGGUCAGUAAAGAGGUUUAACUGACCUUUACUGAACUGUUCAACGUACAUUAGUGAGUAGAGAUAUUGUUUGGCAUCUUGAGGAUACAUGUACUGCUAACUGGUCGAUGUUAGCUACGGUAAAAUUUAGUCCGCGCAAUUUAAGUGCUGCUAAAAGGUAUUUCAUCUCUAACGGAACUAAACAAUCAUCAAACUUCCGAGAAAAUCUGCAUUUGCAAUUCAAUGACAAAAUCACAUCUUUCCAAAUAGCUCAAAAUAAAGAACUAAACCUGAGCAUCAGAUCACAAACCAAACAUAAAUACAUCGUCUUUUCUUUCCCCACACCUUGCCGUAAAUACAAAUUAAUGCCUGGCCGGAGUUGGGGAAUUUCGGCCACAAAACGAAAUCUGCAUCAGUAGAAUCAAAAAAUCCGCAUGAAUGUGUUGAUUCCUCAUACGUGCCGCGAAAUAAGCAGAAUAGAACAGUAUUAAUUCGUUUUCCGGUGAAAAGAAAGAAAAAGAAAAAGUCAAUUACCAAGGUAAACUUGUCUCAUUUUUUAUUAAUUUGUAACGCUGCUCACUAAUGUAAACGCUAUUUCCAUACUGUUUUUAAUAAUCUAGGCACAGUAUUGCCAUGUAUCUGUUGUCCUGAUUUAUUUGAAUGUUGUCUGUCAGUGUGUUACCCCGGUGAGUUGACACAAUGUUUUCUUUGCUCGAUUCGGCUUGGAUUAUUUCAGGCUUUUGUUUUCGUUUUUUGCUUUUUGUUUUUUUUUUUGUUUUUAUUUGUUUUUUCCAACUUAACUCUACUCUAGUACAAUGCUAUUAACAGAGGUUUUUGUUCUGUCUUGGGAAAACUAUUUAGAUAUCACAGUAAUAGAAGUGACAGUUGAUAUGUGAAAAGACACCGACCGAUAUUGAAAGACAUCGAGUAUGACACCACAUUUUGAUCACGAUACCAUUGCUAUUUUUUCAUGACACUUUCGCUUCCUUGGGGGAAAUAGAGUGCUUCCUUUCUCGACCUUUCAAUUAAUAAUGGAGAUAGCGAAUCGAACCGACUAAUGAAAAAAUGUGCAGCUUUCAUUUAACAAGUGAUAGGCAAACAAAGAUUUCGAUUUAAAACUUGACAGCGUAGUUCCUUUUCAGGGUUUGGUCUCGAUAAUAUAUCAGUGAAAUAACAGUAACUUAAAUGCAUGAAAGAUAAGUAUUACAGUGACUAUAGAAGAAUAUUAAUUUCAGGAAGUAAAAUCGUUCUAGUGGAAUGAACAAUUCUCGAAACCUAAGAUCAAUCGUGGACUUAGCGGGAAUUGAACGGGGUUGACAGAAAGAAAAUUGUCAGGGUGUAUUUCCAUUUUCCGGUACAGUGUCUACAAAAAGAUAUAAUUGCACAUCCAGAACCUUCGACAUCUUGCUCUGGUUAGGUAGAGAUACAUGCAAUAAAAGACUGAGGAGCUGGACCAAUGCACUUAAAAAAAAAAAAAAAUCAAAAUUAUUAACUGAACGCAACGUAGAUAUAUUUGGAAUGUUAUGAACCACAGAUUCGACUGAAGGACCCUUAAAAAAAUUCUAAGUGUCAAUUCGGUCUGACUUAUAAAACGAAACAAUACAUGUUUCAAUCAAAAGUCUAUAUGUUGCAAAAAAUUGUCUCGAAUAACCUCUUCUUGAAUUUUAUACCUUGGAAGAGAUUAAUAUGGAGAAAAAAAACGGCUCAACGGGUGUCGCAUUUGUCGCUGAAAAAAGGCACUGUUAUGUUUCUCUUUGUUGAUUACGCAUUUUUAAAAUAAGUUCCUGCAAGGUUUGACAAAGGGACAUAUUCUCUACAUGCUAGUUACUCACAAAAUGUCCUCCUUCGCGCAAAGUCACGGUGAAAUCAUUAAAUAUUUUGAUUUUCGCUUUCUUGACAAAAGCAAUCACUUUUUGUGCGAUAGAAAUCAGGCAUGCAAUUAGUAAGACGUGCGGCAAUGAGUUUUAAUGUAUUCAGUCGAACUUGAAGUGCCAAUAUGUGAGUGACAGAAAAGCUAGCUAUAGACACAUAAAAGCAUUGAGUCCCAACAUCAAACGCUUUGUUUCCGAAAGGAAAUUUUAGGUCGCUCAUCGGAGCUAUGUACAGCUUGCACCCUGAGAAGAAACUCAAGUUUCGUGACAACGGUAUUGGAGUCUCGAACGCUUGAGGAAACCGGCGAUUUUGACAGGACUUCAACAUGACCUUGGAAGGAAAUUCUUCUUUCAAUCAAACAAACAACUCAGCUUAUGCUGCACACCACGGCCGUUUUUCCACCGGAUCAUGGACGCACGAUAUCAAGAUCACGAUAACGUCAUUAUACGCAGUCUCCUUUCUCUUUGGAUUUGUGGGAAACGCUCUUGGACUUUAUAUCAUCUGCAGAAAAUGUGGCAUGAAAGCAGCCACUCACUUGCUCAUCGGUAACCUGGCCUGCUCCAACUUACUCAUCACUCUCAUUGUUAUGCCAAUGUCGGUUUUUUUCUUGUACAACGAACACCGCUGGCACGCGGGGACCGCGGGAACCGUCACUUGCAAACUCUCCCAGUAUUUGUUUCUAUUCCCCAUUGCGACGUCUAUUCUCACCAUAUUGGUGGUCUCUAUAGAUCGUUUCUUUGCGGUGUUUCACCCAUUAAAAGCCAAGGUGUUUCGAAGACCUAAAAUCAUGACAGCGACGAUUUGGAUUUGCGCAGCAAUUCUUAUGAGUCCAACGUUGGCAAUUUACAAAGUGAUAUCGUCGCCAGAUGGAAAAUGGUUUUGCGUAUCUUACUUUGGUCAAGAAUCGCACAGGGCCGUUAUUCUCUCUAAGGUUUAUUAUAGCCUGAUAUUUGUCCUGCUCUAUUUACUGCCUCUUUUCGCUAUCGCUGUUUUGUACGCGCUUAUUUGCUACAAACUCUACCAUCGAAAAGUCCCUGGCCUAUCACGGACUCAGAAUUAUAGGGAAACGGUCGAGAAAUCGAAGCGCAAGGUAGUCAAAGUGUUGAUUAUGAUCGUUGUAGUGUUCGCACUCUGCUGGUUUCCAGCUCACGCUAUGCAUUAUUUCAUCACUUUCCAGAGCGAAUUUUACGCUCGUAUGCCAGCUUAUCUAUUUCCAUUACUCUUGUGGAUCUCACAUACGAACAGCGCUAUAGAGCCGUGCUUGUACAUGCUGCUUAGCCAAAACUUUCGAAAAGAGUUCCGUCAGGUGAUCAGUCAUUGUGGCUCUUACCAGAAGGAACUACGCUUGGGGAAUCGUCUCUCAAGACUGACAUUCAACUUCUCUAAAAGGAAUUGGGACGCGUAUCGUAAUGGGUCUUUUAUCUUCAGGAAAGCUGGCUCUUACAAAGUUGCUUCACCGCAUGAUAUGGAAAGUGAAGAAAAGGACAAUGUGCAUGGUUUGAACAUGCGCAAUUGGUCACCGACAGAAGAGUAUAACAGAAGUUUGGAAAAAUUGGAUGAUCACGUGCUCUGAUGGUCAGGCUAUUGUCGACAGUUCUCGUCCUCCAGCUCCAAUCUCUCCUCGCCCUUUAUUAAAGGUCUGGUUUCCAGACAUUAGUCACUCACAAACUUGAUUACUAUCGUAGAUGGACCAGUAAAGGCUGCAGCAUCUUAAGUUGUAAAAUUUAUCCCCUUAUCAGAGUAAAUUUGCACAAGUAGUUAAUACCAAUGGCGUAAACCAUUUUAUUGUAACUGGGCUGUGACUCCGAGGAUGAAGCAAUGUUCUCAAACUCAUUCACUGAUAUUUCAUCAAGUUUAAACAAAGGAAAUCAUGACCGUGAAAGUGUUUGGAUAU